CCGGUGGAUCCGUGACCCCUAAACAGUCGUUUUCGAGUGUCUUGAAUAUUAUCUACUUUAUGACAUCAUAUUAUGUAUUAACAGGUAUCAUAUAUAGUCUAUAAACUAUAUACAUUCACACAACCCUUAGAUCUUGUGUUUCUCCAUACACUCCUCUUCUCAACUCCCAAAUAGAAAGACAGGUUAUUUAUAUUAUAUAAAUGCAUUGCACCACUAUACAAUACAAGACGACUUCAUUCAUGGAUCUCUCUUUCUAAAUUCCCAAAUAUAUAAAUUAAGAAGAGUUCUGUAUUUAUCAUAAGAGUUUUAAAACUCUCUAAGCUUUAUUGAGCCAUGGCUGUGAUGAUGACAAGAAGAGCAGCGACCGUAGCAGGUAUAUGGCUAAAUGAAGCCGUUAGCUUCCUCGUGUUCUGUCUCUUAGACAUCCUCGAUUCAUUACUUUGUCUCGUCUACAAAGUAGCAGACUAUGUUUUCGAAGCCGAGUGGAAGCCUUGUUACUGUUUAUCGGCCAAGGAACCCAUCACGGCGACUCGAGGAAAGAUCCUCCUGUCUCACGAUAAUGGCGUAUCUACGAUCCUUACUCUUUCUCCGCUUCAAGAACUCAGCGGACGUUCCAAGAUUGAGCUGGAGGAUAUCUCCGAGACCCUUUACACACGUCCUUCUCUUCUAUCGGACCUCUCCGUUACCGAACUCAAUAAACGGUUCGUUAAGGUUUCUCGGUCCGACUCCGAGUGCAGCCACCAUCAUCAUGAGAAGACGUUGACUAAGAACAAACGGAAGAAAAAAAUAACAAAGUCAAGCUUGACGGUGAACUUUACGGUCGUUGAGAUGCUCCGGGAAAAAAUCAGACCGCAGAAUUUUAGACACGAUGUCUCUCGAUGGUCGGAUUGUGAUUGUGGGUUCUGCACAUCAUGGGCCUCUACUUCCGACAAAGAUCACUCCCUCUUUGUCAAAACUCAAAUACCAAAAGGGGUGACGGCGAAAGAGGAUGUGUUGUUCAUCCAUGGAUUCAUAUCUUCAUCAGCGUUUUGGACUGAAACGGUGUUUCCAAGCUUGUCGGCUUGCUCCUCAGCUUACAGACUCUUCGCGGUGGAUCUUCUAGGAUUUGGGAAGAGCCCUAAGCCAGCUGAUUCACUCUACACGUUGCGUGAACACGUAGAGAUGAUCGAAAAAUCGGUCUUACACAAACACAAUGUGAAGUCUUUCCACAUUGUGGCUCACUCUUUGGGAUGCAUUUUGGCCCUUGACCUCGCGGCUAGACACGGUGGUUUAAUCAAGUCGCUCACCCUCCUUGCUCCGCCUUAUUAUCCGGUACCGGUGGGAGAGAAGAAGCCGAGGCAGUACGUGAUGAAGAAGGUGGCGCCGAGGAAGGUUUGGCCGCCAAUAGCUUUAGGAGCGUCAAUGGCUGCUUGGUACGAACACAUUAGCCGUACCAUUUGUCUCCUCAUCUGCAAACACCACCGUCUUUGGCAGUUCCUGGCUAAACUUUUGACCCGUAAUAACAGGACAGUAAACUUUUUAAUAGAAGGUUUUAUGUGUCACACGCACAACGCAGCGUGGCACACUCUACACAACAUUAUAUGUGGGACAGGAAGCAAACUUGAUAUGUAUUUGGAUGUUGUACGAGAUAAACUCAAGUGUAGCGUGACUAUCUUUCACGGAGAAAACGACGAGCUCAUUCCCAUCGAGUGUAGCUACAACGUCAAACAACGGAUUCCUCGGGCACGAGUUAAAGUUAUUGAGAAAAAAGAUCAUAUCACCAUGGUCGUUGGGAGACAGGAUGAGUUUGCCAGAGAGCUCCAAGAGAUUUGGAAGACUUCAUCUUUCUGAAAGUGUGUGUUCUAUGAAAAAUUGUGAACGAUCGUCAGUUGAUCUAUGUGAUUGGUAGAUAAAUAUAUUUAUUAAGUUUGAUCAUUAUAAGUUAAGGAAAUCCUUAUGUACUUAGCCAUGAGAACGAAUCAGUCGUAUCAAAUAAUAACACUUAUGUUUUUUU